AGGUAAUAAGGUGAAAGGGAAUAAUGGACAAAGCACUGAAAACAAUGCUGACUCUAAUUCAGCAAAGUAUUUGAAGACUGAAGUUUAAAAAUCAACAGAUGAAGGGCCUAUGCCUGAAUCGUCGAUUCUCCUGCUGUUUGGAUGCUGCCUGACCUGCUGUGCUGUUCCAGCACCGCACUUUUCAACUCCUCUCCAGCCUCUGCAGUCCCCACUUUCACAUCAAUGUCUGACAGUCACUCAAUCCAUCGGGACCUCAACGAUUUUCAACUAUGAUUCUGUGAGAAGGAGCAAAACAUUUUGGUUCCUGUUUCAGACCAUUUUCAGCAUCAGCGGGACUGGAUGAGAGUCUCUACUGUUACAGCGCACUUUGUGUAAAGCCUGAAACAGUUAUACGGCCAGGAAAGAGGAAUUUACUGUGGGCAGGGGCCGUACAUGGGGCUGUAGCUGCGGCCAUGGUGAAACCAGAGGAAUCCCACACUGUGGAGAAACCGUGGAAGUGUUGCGACUGCGGGAGAGGCUUCCAUGCCCCAUCUGUCCUGGAGAUUCAUCGGCGAAGUCACACCGGGGAGAGGCCAUUCUCCUGCCCCGAGUGCGGGAAAGGCUUUACCUGCUCCUCCCACCUGCUGGACCACCGCCGAGUCCACACUGGGGAGAAGCCAUUCUCCUGCCCUGAAUGUGGGAAGGGCUUCACCUACUCCUCCCACCUGCUGGCCCACCAGCGCGUCCACGCUGGGGAAAGGCCCUUCCCCUGCUCUGAGUGUGGGAAGGCCUUCAGCAAAUCCUCGGACCUGCUGAAGCACCAACGGGUCCACAGAGGGGAGAGGCCAUUCAGCUGCCCUGAGUGCGGGAAGGCCUUCAGUGAUUCCUCUACCCUGCUGAGGCACCAGUGGGUCCACAUCGGGAAAAGGCCGUUCUCGUGCCCUGAGUGCAGGAAGGGCUUCACCCGCUCUUCCGCUCUGCUGACCCAUUUGCGGGUCCACACGGGUGAGAAGCCCUUUAGCUGCCCUGAGUGCAGGAUGGCCUUCAGCAGGUCUUCCCACCUGCUGAGGCACCAGCGAGUCCACACUGGGGAGAGGCCGUACUCCUGCCUCCAGUGCGGAAAGUGCUUUACCCAGCCCUCCAACCUGCUGACCCACCAGCGGAUCCACACCUGCGAGAGACCGUUCUCCUGCCCCGAGUGCGGGAAGGGUUUUGCUGUUUCCUCCCACCUCGUGGCCCACCGGCGGGUCCACACAGGGGAGAGGCCAUUCAGCUGCCCCGAGUGCAGGAAGGCCUUCAGCGAUUCCUCUGCUCUGCUGAAGCACCAGCGAGUCCACACCGGGGAGAGGCCCUUCAGCUGCCCUGAGUGCGGGAAGAGGUUUACAUUUUCCCGCAACUUACGGAAGCACCAGCGGGGGCACCAGCGCUCACAACAAUCAGAUUCCACCACUGACACUGCUGUGAGUCCCCCCAGGACUGAUUCUCCUGACAGUGGGUGCAGUGGGAGAGUUGGUGCACUGUAUUUGUUUUCCGUUGGACUGCAACCCCAUGGUGACUCAGUGAUUAGCACUGCUGCCUCAUGGCACCAGGAACCAAGGAUCAAUUCCACCCUUGGGGCAACUGUCUGUGUGGAGUUUGUGGAGGGUAGGAGAAUGGAUGAGAUAAGAAACCGCUGCCUGCCUUGAGACAAGUCUCCUGGAGAGAACUUGCUGACUGAUUGAU